UUUUUAUGCAAACAUGUGCUUAUUUAAAGACAUGUUGUGUAAUUAUUUCAGAAUGGCUCGUGGACAACAGAAAAUCCAGUCGCAAGCCAAGGCGGCCGAGAAGGCUGCAAAAGUGAAAAAGCAACAGGGACAUAGUGCUAAUGAACAGAAAAAGGCUGCGCAGAAGGCUUUAGUACAUGUGUGCAUAGUUUGUAAGGUUAGUACAACGCACCAAGUUUGCAAGGUUUCGAACAACCUGCACUGUUACAGAAAACUGUAAACUGUAUUGUAAACAGUAUGUUGAAACUAAAAAAAAUGACAUUAUUGUGUUCACAGGCACAGAUGCCAGAUCCAAAGACGUACAAGCAGCACUUUGAGAACAAACAUCCCAAGAACGAUCUGCCGGAAGAUCUGAAAAAUAUA